CCGCACCUUCAUGCUCUCUCUACGACGGUGCCGGCCGACACUCCUGCGGCUGCGUAGACCCGCUCAAAUUCGCCUGAAAUCCACUUUGCCAGAUGUUGAUUCUACCGGCAUCCCCCUUAAGGCGACCUGGUCGGUCAAUGAACUGCUUUCGUCGUAUCCUCGCCCAACGGUCGCCCCCGCUACCCUGAAGCGACUUCACGAGCUCUCUGCACUCAUUCCUCCAGAGGAGGGUACGCCCGAGCACGUCCGGCUGACACAAGAGAUUGAGGACUUGGUGAAGCUUGUGGAGGCCGUCAAGCUUGUCGAUGUGAGCGAAGUGGCCGAAGACUUGGAGCAUGCCGUCCCGGACGGCAGGAUAUGGGCGGAGGGAGAAGGGAUCAACUUGGAUACGAAUUUCGCGGACACCGAAGACCCUGAAGCUACCAGCGGGCGUGGCCUUAUAGCUCACGCUCAGUUCACUCUCGAUGAUCUCUACCAGGUCGAAGCGGACAAGCCUCGGAAUUGACGACAUGUACAUGUACAGCCCUAGACCAGAGCUUGUCAAUCACCCGGCCCUGUCAACCUGGGCACCAAGGGUCCGGAUACGCGCUGUUCGCCAUAUCGAACUGAAGCAUGCCUUCUGCUCGCUUUCCCCAUAGACUGGCACUCAAUGGAGCACAACAUGCGCCCACAACCCACAUAUAGUGAGCCAUUGUACACCCGCCAUGUCUGAUGAACCUACUGGAUGACAUGCACCCGGUCAAGAUAUAUCUUUGUUGUUUUCUCCGUCUGGAUCAGGUCC